AUGAGCAAGACUCAGAGAAGAUCUCCUUCAUCACACGUGCAACAUCAGUCACAUCUGCAGUCUGAAUCCGGCCUAAAGAUGUAUUUUCCCUUUGUUUAG